AUGGCAGAACAGACAUCUUUACCAUCUCCUACGGGGAAGGUCGAUCUCUCUAAAAAACUCUCUGACUUGCGGUCAAAUACCCGCAGGGCAAACCCAAACUCCCGAGAUCUAACUCCAACAACCCCUCCUCUCCCUUCGCCGCCCGAUCUCUCCGUUCACCAGUACCGGCAUCCACACCGCCGCAUCCUUUCCCCCAAAGACCAUGAACUCUUCCUCUCAUCCCCGACCUACAAACUUGUCCUAGCCUUCAUCUUUGGGCUAACUGAUUCCGUGCGGGGGCAUUCUAUCACCGACCUCCAGAAAACUCCUCAAUCCGAAUCCAUCUCCAAGGUCCUCUCAAUCGUCACUCAGAUUCGUUCCCUCCUAGCCAAAAACCCGCCAAUCGACCAGGGUGGUUCUCGAUUCGGCAAUCCUGCCUUCCGAGCGUUGUGCGACGAUGUAAGCGCGCAGAGCGCAUCAUGGCACACCAACAUUCUUGGGCUGAAAGACGCUGGCGCAACAGAAGAAGCUUCGACAUAUUUAAUCAACUGCCUGGGAUCACAAGAGCGGAUUGACUACGGCUCCGGUCACGAACUCAACUUCAUGAUGUGGCUGCUAUGUCUGUACCAGCUCGGUCUUCUCCCCGCCAGCGACUUCCCCGCCGUCGUGAUCAAGGUCUAUGUCGAGUACAUGCAUCUCAUGCGCGAGAUCCAGUCAGCUUACUAUCUUGAGCCUGCUGGAUCGCACGGUGUCUGGGGUCUGGACGACUACCAUUUCUUGCCGUUCUUGUUCGGAGCUAGUCAACUUGUCGGGCACCCAUAUAUCACUCCCUUGGGUAUCCACAACACGGCUACUUUGGACGAGGAAGGUGAUCAUUAUCUCUAUCUGGAUCAGGUCCGUUGGGUCGAAAGUGUCAAGACUGUCAAGGGACUGCGUUGGCAUAGCCCUAUGCUGGACGAUAUCUCUGGUUCUAAGAAUUGGACCAAGGUUGAGAGUGGUAUGAAGAAGAUGUUCGUUAAGGAAGUACUAGGGAAACUCCCUAUCAUGCAACACUUCUUAUUCGGUAGUCUCCUACCUGCUGCUGAAGACAUGUCCGAUCCUUCUGAGGCAGAUUCUGAGCAUGACGGUCAUGACCAUGCCCAUGGCCACGACCAUCCUCACGAGAGCGCAGAUUGGUUCGGUGAUUGCUGCGGCAUCAAGGUACCCAGUACUGUGGCUGCGGGCGCUGAGAUGCGUAAGCGUAUGGGCGGAUCGAAUCUGCGCCCAAUUCCUUUCGAUUAA